CAUUCUUAAUGGUGGCGACCGCGUUUAGUAGCGGCUGAACAGUUCAUGGUAUAUAUCUUUUGUAUUCCUUCGAGUUUGCUCAAAAAUGCCGAGUCAAGAAGUUGUGACAACGAAAGUUGUAGUCCACCCGCUGGUGCUAUUGAGCGUGGUGGAUCAUUUUAAUCGUAUGGGAAAAAUUGGAAAUCAAAAAAGAGUAGUCGGUGUCCUUUUGGGCUGCUGGAGAGCUAAGGGAAUCUUGGAUGUAUCAAACAGCUUUGCAGUACCUUUUGAUGAGGAUGACAAGGAUAAAAGUGUAUGGUUUCUUGAUCAUGAUUAUCUUGAAAAUAUGUAUGGAAUGUUCAAGAAAGUCAAUGCUCGUGAAAAGGUAGUGGGCUGGUAUCAUACUGGACCUAAGUUACAUCAAAAUGAUGUCGCCAUUAAUGAACUAAUAAGAAGAUACUGCCUUAAUUCAGUUUUGGUAAUUAUUGAUGCUAAACCGAAAGAUCUCGGACUUCCUACAGAAGCAUAUCAAGCAGUCGAAGAAGUUCAUGAUGAUGGUUCUCCGACUUCCAAAACUUUUGAACACAUCCCAAGCGAAAUUGGAGCAGAGGAAGCAGAAGAGGUUGGAGUAGAACAUUUAUUGAGAGACAUUAAAGAUACUACAGUUGGUACACUCAGCCAAAGAAUUACAAAUCAAUUGCUUGGUUUGAAAGGCCUUCAUGAACAAAUACGGGAAAUUAGAGAUUAUCUUCUCCAGGUUGGCAGUGGAAAAUUGCCCAUAAAUCACCAAAUUGUUUAUCAACUUCAGGAUAUAUUUAAUUUAUUACCAGAUAUGACUCAAAGUAGCUUCGUCGAUUCGCUAUACGUAAAAACGAAUGAUCAGAUGCUGGUUGUAUAUUUGGCAGCCUUGGUUAGGUCUAUAGUGGCACUACACAAUUUAAUUAAUAAUAAACUGACUAAUCGUGACGCUGAGAAAAAAGAAACGGACGGAAAAAAGGAUACGAAAAAGGAAGAAAAGAAGGAAGAAGAGAAAAAAGGAGAGGAAAAGACGAAAACUAAAAGCCAGUGAUCGGAGCAUCUUUGAGUCUACUCAGUUGCGAUAUUGAGACUGUUAAAGUUGAGGACGAUUAUUGACCCUGUGUGUAAUAAUCAAGCCUGUUCACAAUUUGUACAGAAUUACAUCGCAUUUAUAAAUAAUGACAGUUUAAAUAUCUAU